UUUCCCCUCCCACUUUCAUGCAUAUCUUUGUGCAUACACAGCUGCAUCAAUGUUUUGUCUGCCAGAGAGAUAAGCUGCGCAGCAAAGGAACUUUCAGUAGGGGGUUCUUUUCUGCCACCCUUUAGCCAUGGCGGCAAAGGUCCCUCACUGGCAUAGCUAUCUACAGGUGAUCCUGUCCCGUGAAAGCCAGAGAGUGGAGCAGUUCCAGAAGGCGGAGAACAUUUUGCUGAUUGUACUGGAGAGAGUCAAUGCAAUGGAUCCCAGGUUUAUAGUGGAUUACUCAAGAAAUCUGGAAGCCUUGGAAUUUGCCCUCUGUGCUGCAGAGGAAGAAGUGACCAUGGAGGUUCCCCUAGGUAUUGAUGCUGAUGCUCUCUUGAUGCAGGAGUGUUCAGGUGAACAGAGUGAUUCUGAGAAGGUUACUCAUGGGAGGUACCAAGUGCCAGGAACUUGUUAUUUAGGUAUACCCAAGGAAGGAACUCAUCUAGAAAACUGGACCAAAGAAGAUGUAUUCAGUGUGGUGGACGAUACCGAAUCCAGUGGUCACAUUGUACCAGGCAAGGUGCUUCAUCUCCUGAAAGAACUGAUUGUUGCUGCCAUCGUUCAUUGCAAGCGCCAGUUCCUCAUCAAGCCAGGAGAACUCAGUGCCGAGAGGCUAAAGGAAGAUGACAUGCAGCUGCCUUUGCUGGUGUCCAGUGGUUGGAAAAUGAUCUGCUUCAACAUUGUCCCUGUAAUGAGGAGAAAGCAGGGUGCUCUGAAGCUCGACAACAACGGGCAAGAAAAGGGUUUCCCACAAGGCAGCAUGAGCAAAGUCACCCAGAAGGCUGACUUCAUCCCUGCCAGCUAUUAUCACUGGAGGUACUCCACCAAGCGUCCCAUCCUGAACCUUGUCCAAAUUGUGAGUACUCUAAAGGGGCAUCGCCUAGACGGUCUCUGUCUCCUUGAACAAGUCAACCAUGAGAACUGGAGAGAAGAAGGCAAGAAAACAGGGCUUACAUUUAACCACUUGAAGAUGGUGUUGCUCUGGGCCGCUCACUUUUUCCCUACCCCUGAAGACUGGACGAAUCUGGAAGGGUCAGUGUACCGUCUGCUAGUGAUCUUGCUUUGCUGCUUGGUGACCAGAAAUCUUCCUCAUUUCUUGUAUCCAGAGCAAAAUAUGUUCCAGGAUGAUGGUCUGGACCUGAGCUCUCUAUAUCCCAAAGUGGAGAGCUUUGCUAGCAACCCUGAACGUUUCCUGAAAUUCCAUUUUGCCAUAAAAGACAACAACACAUACCCACCCAUGGACAAUGGUCUCAAAACCUUACUUCAUCUUCCUGCUGAAGACAGUGCCUACUGGGGCACUGCCUUCUUUGAUAUGCUCCUUAAUAAGUUUCAGGUGUACUCGAUUAAGGACACACAGCGUAUUUCUGCUAUGUCAAACAUCCUGUCAAAAACCAAGAAAAUGUUGAAUAACCAGAGCUGAAAACCUGAUAUUAGCAUCACAGAGCUACAUGCCUGCAUGGACUUAAGAACAUAAGAAGAGCCAUAACAAGAGACUUGCUUUAAGUUUAGCUUAUUUCCUAUGAUCAAAAUUCCUAUCUGCUGU